AUGAAAAUUUUGACAGAAUUUUUGAGAAACCGGAUCGACUCGGAAUCGCCAAGAAUCGACGUUUGGGGAUUUGGACUUGUUCUUCAAGAGGUGAUUACCCUUGAGCACGCCUUUGGUCGUCAAGAAGGACAGCCAGCUGAUGAUAUCAGAAUUGUCGAAAACAUGAAGUUUGGAAAACGAACUAAUUUUCAAAUCUUCGGAGAAACGGAGGAAUUCGGGGAAUUCGAAACUCUGAUUCAAAAAUGUCUUCGUCCAACUAGAGAAUCGCGCCCAAAUAACAUGAUGAUUGUGAAGAACGAAGAGAUCUUCUCCGAUUUUGUCCAACGGAUCGAGCGAGGGGAGCUUCCAAGUGAUAUCAUGGCAACUUCAGGGGAAAUGAUAGAAAAAUUACGAGAUGAAAAUCGGCAAAAAGAUCAACAAAUUCAAGUUCUCGAGAAUAUUAUCAAAAAUCAGAUUCGCGAUUUUGAAAGCCUCAAAAAAGAGUUUGAAGAGGAAAAAGCAGCUGGACAUGAGGAUCUUAUAAACCACGUUGAUGAGUUCACUCAGGAAUUGGAAAUAAUAACGACUGAAAGAAACGAUCUUGUUGCCGAAAACAAAUGCAUCAAGGAGCGAAACGAAACUCUCGACACGAAGAACAAGCAAAUGGAACUCGAUCUCGCUGCAAAAGACGAAGAAAUAAAGCAAAUUCGAGCCGAAUUCCUUGAAGGAGCAGUCAAGCGAGCCGAUCACAUCAAGCUCAAGAAUGACUACAAUGCUCUUAUUGACGAACUGGAGAAGCAAGAAGCUCGAGUCAAAAAAGAAAUGGUUUCAAAGGCUGCUUUUGCCGCGAUGGAGCGAAGCAAGGAAAACUACAAAAACAAGCUCAUCGAGAAAAACGAAGAAAUUGAGCUAUAUCACGAAGAAAUGGAAGCUCAUUUUUCUAAGAUAAUGAAUUUACAAGAAAAUCAGCAAAAAACCUAUCAAGAAUGGCUUCUAACAAUGAAGAAGAAGAAGGAGCAAAAAUGGAUACUAGCGCUUGAAAACUCAAAAAUGCCGAAGAAACCAGAAGCUGCUUCUCUUGCUGCUACGGUCAAGCCUCAAAAAUGA